GCUCCUCUUCGCUCCUCCUCUCCUCUCAUCCUCACCUUUCUAUCCUCAUUCUCAUUCUCAUUCUCAUUCUCACUCUCAUUCUCACUCUCACUCUCAUCCCUCACACUCUCCCUUCCCUCUUCUUGCGGACCAUAGCCAUCUUUAACUGUCUACUCUUUCCUCUUUGAGUCCCCUUGCUUGGUUCGGCCCAUGACGGACGCCACCAAGGGCCACAGCAGCCCCUCCGCCAUUGCCCAAGACGAAGUCAGCAGCAGCAGUAGCAACCAGGGCGCCGUCUAUAAUGUCACGAACCAGAAUUUAGAACACUCUCCAAAAACUGGACGCAAGUCCUUCCAAUACCGAGCCUUGGGAAGGAAAACGCUGUCAUACCAGCGUCGCCAAGUGUUCGUCAAUGUCUGCUGCAUUGGUCUGUGCCCAAUCCUGAUGGUCGUGAUCGCCGGUGCCAUGGGCAUUGUCAUUACCAGUCUGAUCAACAACCUCAGUAACCCUUCAGAUUACUUGCUGUGCUCGGAUGUCGAUGCCAUGACGCCUCGCGGCUUCCCUCUCGUCCCUCAGUUCUCGAAAGAGGAAGUCAAUUUCCCCACCUCACCCGGCUCAUCUAUUCCCAACGCUAAAUCGGAUGCAAUAAUCAAGCAUGUCAAUUGGUAUGUUAUCACAGGACAGCUUGGCUUCGGAUCAUCGCCAACGAUCACUGCAGACAGCUGUGUCUGGUGGUUCGAGAAGGACUACCCUUUCUCCAGCCCGUAUUCCAAGGAUCCGAACAUCUCUACGCCAAGCGCCAAUCAAGACAGCACCUACAAACCUCAACCACAAGGAGGAUGGCUCGGUCCUCAGGAGCUCAUGGCGCCUGUCGAGCUCACAACUCAGCAAAUGUACCCAUGGCUACUCGUAGCGGACGAAACUGGUGGUCUUGCAGGAACGCGUCCUCAGCAGCCGCAAAUCGAUGCAAAAUCUGGGAAUCUGACUGGACAGCCCUUUGGUACUGGACUUCUUGGCGCCAUGGACACACACUACUAUGCCAAUAUCACGACCAAUUCCGACACUGGAAUCCCCUCGAUAACUGGAUUCCAAGCCGUGCCGUAUUACCAGCAGGCUGCCGGAUCUGGAUCCGCCUAUGACGUCGAUGAUGCCUUGACAAACAAAAUCAGAACCCUGGUCGAGGGACUGUCGCUUGUGAACAAGACUGCGCUCCGUGCCGAAAAUCCUACACCUCAGCAACUGAUCCAGUACUAUGCUCAGAUCGGCGCUCUGAUCCAGAACCUGCCCACCGGUGCGCUAAUCUUCCACGCUAUCGAUGCGGUUGCCAGGAAAUUCGACUAUACUCUGCAGAUUGGCACGGAUGUCCGUCUGCUGCGCGCAGCCAACUACCCUAUGCGCGGCUUGCGUCUGAUGCAGCAACACACGGCCCUUGUAGACGCCAUUAUGAAAACGUCGCCAACCACCAACUCAACCAAAAUUACCCAUGGCUUCCGUGGCAUGCCCCAGCUAUUCUCGUCAAAGGCGGAACUUCCUAUUGCCUCACUUGUCGGAAGAAUUCUGUAUCCAUUCGGUGUCUCGUUCCUGCUGCCUAUUUUCGUGAUUACCCUAGUCAAGGAAAAGGAGGACCGUAUUCUCGUCAUGAUGAAGAUGAGCGGACUCAGGUCGAUUACGUACUAUGUUGCCCAUUACAUUCACUUCUAUAUCCUGCACAUCUUAUCUUCGCUGAUGUUUAUCAUUGCCGGAGUUGCUUUCAGGAUGCCUUUUUUCACUAAGGUUCAGCCUGGCGUUUUCAUCCUCCUUUUCUUUUUCUGGGGCCACGUCCAGAUCGCACUUGCCUUUUUCCUGUCAUGCUUCUUCAGCAAGUCUCGCACGGCACUGGUGAUCGUGUUCUUGCUCGUCCUUUGUGGAGUGAUUGUCUCGAUUGCGACUGAGACUAUCUUUGACACCAACCAGGCACCCAUUGGCUACUUUGUCUGGCCUGCAUUCGCAUUCUACAGAGCCCUGUCGGUCAUCAACCGCUCGAGUUACGAUAGCACUUAUCAGCCCUACAGGAUGUCGGAUCUCAAGCCGUCGGAUGAGGUGUUUCAGGUCAUUAUUGCAAUGAUUAUCGAGACGCUUGUCUUCUUGUUACUCGCCUUUUACUUGACUGAGGUCUUCCCAACGGAGUUCGGUGUCCGUCAGCCUUGGCAUUUUAUUGUAUCUGGACCCUACAAGUGGCUGUUUGGCAAGAGAAAGGGACAAGAUGACAUCGAAGGCCAGGUUCGUAAAGACAACACUGGAUCAAUGCGCGAAAGGGUCCAAGGUGAAAUUCCUCUCGAUCCUGAGGAAGUCCAGUUUGAGGACGAAGAUGUGAAGCAGGAACGAGCACGCGUUUUGCACGACGAGUUUUCACCGGAGUGUCCUCUCGUGAUGAAGAACAUGCGCAAAAUUUACCCUACCAACAAGAAGUUAGCCGUCAAGAAUGUCACCUUUGCUGUAGACAAGGAUACCAUCUUUGGCUUGCUUGGACCGAACGGUGCUGGAAAGACGUCGUUGAUCCACAUCUUAACUGGGCUGUACGAACCUACUCAAGGAUGGGCCCGACUUGCAGGUUACGAACUCGACACGCAGAUCAAGGAUGUGUAUCGAAACAUCGGUGUCUGCCCUCAGCACGACAUUCUCUGGGACGAUUUGACUGUAGGAGAGCAUCUUUAUUUCUACGCGCGCCUCAAGGGCGUCAUUGCUGCUGAUGAAAGUGCCGCGGUAUUGGCCUCCAUGAAUGCAGUCUCGCUCGUUCCUUUCGAGAACCGUUUGACUAAGGGACUCAGUGGAGGAGAGAAGCGCCGUCUGUCAAUCGCCAUUGCUCUGGUUGGAAACCCUGGCAUCGUGUUCUUGGAUGAGCCUACGACAGGCCUUGACAUUUCAGUCCGGCGUCUUAUCUGGGACAUCAUCUUCAACGCGAAGCAAGGCCGUACCAUCGUUCUGACAACUCAUUCCAUGGAGGAGGCUGAGGUGCUGUGCGCCAGGAUUGGAAUCAUGGCCAAGGGUACGUUGCGCUGUAUUGGAAACCAGAUCCGACUCAAGGACCUGUACGGCAGGGGAUUCAAGAUUACAUUUGCAAGCAAGCCCGAAAACACAGAACGAGCCUCUCGUUAUAUUGCCUCGCUUCUUCCCGUAAAUGCCAAGAGGUUAGAUUCGUUUGUCACGUCCGAGUCCUGGGAGUUUGAGACGACACCGGGUUUGAUCCAGCGGCUGUUUGAGGAGAUUGAGAUGCACAAGCACGAGUAUGGCAUUGACGACUGGGGUCUCAGCCAGACGACAUUGGAGGAGGUAUUCCUGCGAAUUAUUCAAGACGAGGAUGCGGAUGCCUAGGGGCCAAAAUAGACCUGGAUAGCUACGACUUCCGAACACCAGGAUACCCCUUCACUCAUCAAAAUGACAAAUAAAGCACAUGCGAUAAGAAUAUGGAGAGAGCCUUGCAAUGAAC